GGCGAGUGAGAAUGUCUUAGGAUUCCGUGUGUGUAAGGGAUGAUCUUUUCUAGGAUUGUAGUCACUGACCGUCAAAUCAAAACUGUGAAAAAUAAAUAACUGAUCGUCAGGUUCUCGUACGAUGAGUUUUACCUAACCUGUCUCAUAAACGACAUCCUGUGUGUAAAAAUAACAAAUAUUGCCAGGAUUUUCAGAUUUCAACAUGUUCACUGCACACAGCAAUUAAUUAGAAGUGAAUCUCUAGGAAGAUGACCAAGUUUAAUCUGCUGAGUUACCUCAGCAAUAGAGAGAGGGGAGGGGUCAAGGUCAAAUCUGGAAGGUCAUCAGUUUUGGGUUAUCUGGAAGAGAAAGGAUCAAAACCCACCAUAAACCAGCCAUGUAAACUGUCGGGACAAUGCAGGGCUACAUUUUUAAUGGAUUUUAGUCCUGAUGGAACCAAGGUGGCAUCCACACAUGGGGACCACACAGUUAGGGUAUCAGAAGUAGCAACAGGUAAAUGUCUCCACAUCUUGAGAGGCCACCCUCGCACACCCUGGUGUCUCGCCUUCCACCCCUCGUCCAAUCAGAUCCUAGCCUCAGGUUGUCUUGGAGGAGAGGUCCGAAUAUGGGACCUACAUGGUUGUGGAACAGAAGUCUGGAGGUCAAAGGACAGUCAAGUCAUAACCUCUUUGACCUUUCAUCCCACAGACCAUGUUUUGGUGUUUUCAGUGACCAAUCAUAUUUACUUCUGGGAUUGGAGUCAACCAGAGCCAUUUGUUGUCUGUAAAACUAAAUUUGAAUUUGAAAAAAUCAGGUGGGUGAAGUUUGACCCCCUAGGUUCAUACCUAUACACAGGGAUUGCCAACAACAUCACAGUAAGACCUACGUCCAGAGUAUCCUUUAUAAGCAGUAACAGUAGCCCCGCCCCACCUAACCCACGAACCCAGCAGCUGGGUAACGUGUAUGAUGGUCUGGUGGAAUGUUUCCAGGCAUCUCGACGAGACCGAGUCCUAAACCAAACUGAGGGAGGACAGGAUCUUCAGUCCUCUUCUAGCAUUCAACAUGGUGCAUCUAAUCACCCACAUUCACCAGUUCAUGAGGAAGGCCUCAAUUUGGCAAGGCAGUAUGCCUCCCACAUCACAGAGUCCUCCCAAAGAUCAACCUAUGGGGGACCCCAGAGGACAGAAAUUCCCUCUGGUGCCUCUAAUGACUCCUCCUCACCUGACACUGACAUGGAUGUUAUAUCUAGUCCAGCAGAACCUCGAUUGCUGAGGAACCCUCCUAGAGCGGCCUCAGCAGAGAAUGAUGUGAGUGGGGAGACGACACCAGAUGUAGUUAGUACAGACAUUGAGCCUAGUCAAACUAGGCCUGUGUCAAACAGUGAUAGUGUCCCAGGAACACUGAUUGUUACGGAGAGGUCACCAGAACAAGCCAGUCCCCCCUUUCAGUCUUUGGACCCUCCCACAGGAGUUAGAAUUGUCUCUGAGUCACAAGCAAUGAAUGAAUCCAUCCACAGCAGGCUGGGUAAUCAAGUUCAUGCUUCAACUGUUGCAUUUAAUGUAGCACCCCAAGAGGAGAGGGCAGAGGAGAUUGUUAAUCUCAGUGACAUAGCUUCACGAGGACUCUCUAAUAAUGACAUAUCCCAGCAUUCCUCCACCACAGACUGUGAAAGAGACAACUGUCCUGUCUGUGGGAACUUCAACACGAGACACCUCAGGCGAGUGUGUGAGUCUGAGAUGUUUACACAGCUACGAGCUAGACGCAGGAGUUUACAAAACUCAAUAAACAAUGCUUCAGCAAGGAGUGCAUUCUCUCGUCCUUACUUCUAUAACAGACAUGGUUCACUGGUGAGACCAGAAGUUCACUCUAUACACGAUCCUAGUCAGUUAGGUGAGAUGCAUGAAAUAAGACGUGUGGAGAAUCCUAACGCAGGAGCUUCUAAUGUGGAUAAUGCUACAUCUAAUAAUAAUGUACCUAGUAACACCGAGGGUGAUGCUCGUCUAACCCAGGUGGGGGAUAAUAUUGACAUAUGUGCCAGCAUCCAUGAGAACUUUGCCUCCAUUACGGCGCGUAUUGAACGUGAGAUGAAUGAACUAGACAGAAGAAUAAACACUCUCAGAAAUACCUUUAACGAGAGUUUAAGAAGAUUACAGCAUCAUAGAGUGUCUUUCUUGUCUGCUCGGGAGGGGGAUGUAAAUGGACGUAGACCAACAUCAUUUCUGGUGGCCAGACACAUCCAACAAGCUGAAGGAGCCUCAGCAAGCCGAUUGGAAGACAGUACACAUUCCAUGGAGAGGGGACAACACUUGCUGGAGACGGCGCUAAGGUCAUCUCACCAGGACAUAAGUAGUACACACACACACAGUGCUCCUCGAGAUCCAGAUUCCUCCCAGAACUGGCAGUCUCUAGAGCGACAUCAUCUCCACCCACACUACUCUGUCAGUAUCCUAGACAACACAAUUAACCGACCCAAUGACCCGAUUCAGACUGCCAUCAACAGAGCCAUAGCAGAUGCCUUCAUGGGGCGUGGAGAGCCUGCUGUGGCAGCAAACAUUAUCAACCAUACGUAUCGUAUCCAAGCCUGGGAUUUCUCCAAGUGCUGUAUACCAGAUCUCACUGACACAAAGUCCAACAUCAUUGUACAGCAUUGUAAGCUUCACAAUGAAGCUAGCUGUAAUUUGUCUCAGGAUGGCACCAUGCUGGCAACAUUUGUACCGAGUCACAGAGGUUUCCCCGACGACAAUAUUCUGGCUGUGUAUUCCCUGGAGACCAGGACAAGGGGACAGUGCCUCUACACUAAAAGCUUUGGACCAAAUGCCAUCUCUGUGAGCUUGUCACCUGGAUGUGAUUAUGUGAUGGUUGGGCUAGCUGCCAAACAGCUCUCCUGGGUGUUCACACCCAAUCAGUUGGUAGCACAGAUCUUGAAGUUAGAAAACAAACAUGCUGGUGAAAAGUCAAUGCAGCAUGUAACCGAUGUAAUGCAUCCUUGUGACAUGGAUAUUCGGACCCAUGUUAGUGUGAACUCCACACGAUGGCUGCCAGAAUCGGGGGAGGGGAUUGUGUAUGGAACAAACAGAGGGGAUCUACAUAUCUGUAGGCCAGGAACUAAGAUGUCCAUAAAGGGGGAUAACUCUGACGAUAGAUCAAUCAGGAGAAACUUGAUGCACAUGCUCAGAAUGUCAGGAGAACAGGAAGUGUCUCGGAUUAACUCUUCCACACAGACACCAGGUGUUAGACGGAGCGCGGCGACUCAGACAGACACUGACGAUAACACAUAGUGAGGAAGUACUACUACUCUACUCUGGAGUAAACGGCAAAAUAGAAUUUAACAUCUUGAAUAAAAUUCAAGUUCAUUGAAGCACAGGACAUCUCAAUGUUUGAUAUAGUAUAACUUAAAUUUUGUUGUGAUGUUCAUAUAAUGAUUUUGUGUAUGUCGUUUGUCAUGUUCUGGGCAAUAUAUAUCAGGGACAUAUUAUUUUGAAGAAUAGAAUAAUAUCAUUUUUAUCCUUAGUUUCGUUACAGGGGCCAUCUAAUUAAUGGCUUGCUUGCCCUCUUAGUUUUUUCCCAUAAUUAAGCCAUCAGCAAUUACUCUGAAAGGUGCAUAGUCAACUGAAGAGUAGGGGGGGUUAAAUUAGAACCUGUUCCUUUUGCCCUCUGCAAUCAGGAAGAAGCUAGGCCUGGAUUUAAUCAGAUACAUAGGAAACAGCUUUCUUGUUAGCCGAUCCCAGUAGCAGAGGGGUUAGGGAGCAGGGCAGAUAACGUCUAAGACCAAAAACAUUUGUGAUUAAAAAAUCUUUAAAAUUUACUCUUCUAUUAAAAAUUCCUUCCUGUAAAAGUAUCUUCCAAAAUUCUCUUAAAAAAAGGUUAAAACCAUUUUCAAAUUAAUGUAGAUAAGACAGUUGUUUGUAAAAUUACAUUUUGUUCUUAGUUGUAAGUCAUUUUAUAAAGCAGGCCCCCAUUUAUUUUCAAAAAAUUUCAAACAUUGUUUUCCCUCAGUUUAUGUUGUUAGUUGACAUAUAUGUGAAUGCUACAUAUAUUUAUUUAUAUCAUUGAUAUUUAUGAAGCAUAAAAUUUUUUCCUUUAUGAGCAAAUUAAAAAAAAAAAAAAAUCAUGUGUGUGAUAAGUAUAGCUGCAGAACUGUAGCUCUCUGGUUGAGAAGAUUUGGACAGACAAACAAGAGAGCUACAGAUCCAAGCUUUGUUAAAGCCUUCGAUUUACUAUGCUACUUUUUUGUUGCACACUUCAAGCAUUAUUGCUGUAUAAGCAUUGCCCUACUUAAAGCAUGGUAUCCAUCAAUUACCCAUAUAUUUUACUCGUAAUCUUGUUCUUUUUUUUUUUUUACCUUUAAAUGGUUCCAAACAGACAAUACACAUCCUGAGAAAAUCUAGGUAAUUUUUUUUUUCGUGGUUGGGGUGGGUGUGUCAAAUAUCAAAAUAUCAUUUAUGUCAUCUAUAAAAGAAAACAAAUGAAUAUUUAUAUAAAAAUGAAAUUAGAUGUAUAAAACACACGUCACAGGAGUGUAGAUUUUCUCUAUGUACUAGGUUUGUUUGGAACCGAGUGAAAUACAUGUAUAUGAUUAGUCAACGGAUACCAUGCUUAAGCUGGGGAAUGCACAUUAUACAAGAAAGGAUACCAAAGCAUGGGGAAUAAAAAAAGCGGCACCAUAAAUUGAAGGUUCUUGCAAUGCUUGGAUCUGUAACUCUCUGGUUUGUCUUUCCAAAUUUUGUUGACCAGAGAGCUACAGUUCUGCAGCUAUGUUAAGUGCUGAAAAAAUGAUGUUAUAAAGCAAUUUCAAAAUACAUUAUUCUUAUUUUCUUUUAUCAAAGCAGAAAUGUAAACAUUUAAGAUUAAAAGUAAUCUAAGUUCUGCUGUUAAUGAUGAUAAUAAGAGGUGAAUGCCAAAAUGACAGUAAUCUGUCUUUUAAAGAUAGUUACUCUUGAAAAAAGAUGCUGUAAAUGUGGCCAUGAAAUCUAUUGUCAUUGUAAAUGAUUUGUUUUAUUGUAUUGUUUUGUUAUGGAUCAUGUAAUGAAAUAAAAUAUGGGAGCAGAA